AUGUUUUAUUGUAAUAAUUAUUAUCAGGAAUGUGUACGGAUUGAUUUUAUGCAAUUUUUCUAUUAUACGAAAACAACAAAAUUUGUUGAAUUCCUUCAGGUGAAGGAAAAUAAUUUGAAAGAAGCUUUUGAGAUGGUGGUUGGGUUUAGAUCAAAGGAUGUUAUUGACUGUUGUAAUCAAACAGAAUUUCAUGAGUUAGUAAAGAUUGCAUGUGAAAUUUAUCCGAAUGUGCCAGAACUGCUUUCGAAUAGAAUUCUCAAUGAUGAAGCAAUAUUUUGGUUGUUGUGUUCAAACAGUGAGAUUCUAAUGGAUGUUGGAGAUGAACAAUAUUCAACAAUAAUGAAUUUCCUUGAGGAACAUGUUUCAACUAUUUGUAAAUUUAUUGGAGAUUGUGACAGCUUAUCAUUUGAUUAUGCUUGGAUUGAUUAUGAACCAGAAUGUCAUUAUUAUAGUGCCAAAAGAGUAUUAGAUAUUUUCAUUAAAAUACUUAUCAGAUGUGAAGAAAGAAAUCCAAUACUCGAGCUUGAACAAAUUCAAAGAGAAUUCAAUUCCAGAUUUGACAGAAUUAUGGGUAUUGAUAAGGAAAAGAGAGAUGAUGAAUACCAUUAUGUUUUUGGUAUGGGUCCAAGACCAAAGUAUGAUAGUGAUGAUUAUAUGGAUGAAAGUGAAGACGAAAUUGAGGAAGAAACAGAAGAUGAAAUGGAAGAUGAAUACCAAGAUGAGAGUGAAGACUAUUUAGAGGAUAAAUACGAUAUUAAACUUGUGUAG